AUGUCUUUCCUCACUUCCACCAUCCGUUCAUCACUCGCCCCCCGUGUGACCCUCAGACCAGCAUACGCUCUCACCUCAACCUUCCACACCUCUUCCCUUCGUCCAGGCCUCAAAGAGUCCGAUCACAACCGAGACGACCUACCCAACCACUACGAAGAGGCCAAGCAGGAACAAUUGAAGAGCACCAAGGAAGGAAAGGCAAAAUGGAAGCAAGAACUGGCUAGUAACAGUGAAGCUUCCGUCAAGGCGGAUCGGGGAGAGGCCGACACUGAAGGGCAGGAUGUGGGAGAUCUGCAGGAGAAGACGAAGCAUAUGCCGAAUCAGAAGUGA